AAGGCGUGCACCCACGGUCUGUCUGGUUUACCAAGUCUUCUUCUCCGCUCUUCUGCUCCGUGACAGGUUGACUUUUCCUCUGCAGCCAGCACCGGAUCCUGCACCACUAGGGAACUCGAAAUCAAUAAUGACCUCUUGACCUCUCAUCUUCGCCGUCCAUCGGGCGGGUAUUAUCCUAUUAUCUAUUCUUGACUCACCACCACAAGUGGCUUACUCCGUACAGGCGAUGCCUCUUCAGCUGUACCAGCUGCAGAGAGCCGGGGAAAAUGUUCCAUCAAUUAUCUCCUCAUUAUCAACACGAUCAUCAACUGCCUCAUCUCCUAUUACCACCAUCAAUAUCAACAGGUACGUGCUUUCAGGCUCUUUGACACGGGAGACUGGCGUCAUCGGUGGCCCUGUGCCCGGCUCCCGUCGAUGCGUACAUUUCGACGUCACUCUUCGCUACCUACCACUUUUCAGAGAGAAAUUGCUAACCGAUAGGUGUCUCCAGUCCUACUUUAUUAUGCUUCCUGUAUUUCUUCUCCAGUCCAAGUUCUCAGCACUGCAAAGAGAGACCAAACCGCCCCAACCUCUUCCAGUUGGCUCUCGGCUUGCCAUCAUCUACAACCACCCAAAGGACGGCCAACUCGGCGAUCUCUUGUACAAGAUGGUCAUUCGAUCAACUUCCAACCCAUAUGGGGGGCAUAGUUAUGUCUCUGACGAUCCUUCCGAUUUCCACCCCAUAUCGCGUCCACGGACAGCAUGUCCCACCUUCAGCACAACUCUCAAGACUUCCCUACUGUCUCCAGGGCUGCUGUUGCAUUCCACUCUUCUCCCGUCACUGGCGUUGAACUCCUCUCUUGCAAGCAUAUCAUACACUGUGGCUCGGCUCACCAACCGCUUGGAAGCCAAAGACCUGAUCUGGCCCCUCGGUCCCCUCCUCAACGCAUGGUGGUCCGCCGUGUUUCGGCAUCAAUUUGCACACCACCCAGUUUCCCUCUUUUCCGCUUACAAGGCCCUCGCUCGCCCUGAGAAGCUUGUUUUGACUGGAGUGACUCUGUGGGGAGGCAGACUCUUUUACCGGGUGCUCUCCCGGAUGCUCAAGAGGGAGAAGGGUCGUGACAAGCCCGCCUACGAGUCGCUCAAGCGUCAGCAUGGCUUCAGCUGGAACAAGAUCUGGUGGAAGAAGUUUGUGCCCGAGAUUGGCUGGUUGACCCUCAUCAGCCUUCCUGUCGUCACACCUUUCAGACUGGGAUACUACUCAGGCGCAGUGAUCCAGCAGUCGCUGACGUCAAUCACACAGAAGGGCUGGGCUCAAGCCUUGUCAGUCGGCUUGUUUACUAUGGGUCUCAGCAUGGAAGUCUUGGCCGAUUGGCAGUUGGACCGAUUCAAGAUGGGCAAGGGAAUUGGAAUUGGCCCUGGCACCAGGAGCCGAGCGGGUAGUCUGGAGAAAGAAAAUGGAAAUGGCGUCAAGUUUACCCAGCCAGGUUGGACUGUCGAGACAGGAGUGAAUGGACGCAGAGUUUCCAUCAGCAGAGAGAGGGAGAACCGUGAAGAGAAGAUUUGCAAGGAAGGGGUUUGGGGUAUUGUGAGACAUCCCAACUAUCUCGGCGACGCCCUCGUCCACCUGUCGUUUCCACUCAUGCUCUAUGCGUCCGACCUCCUCACUCCGAUCGCCAUGCUUGGUCCUCUGGCGAACUACCUCUACCUUCGAUGUGUCGGCGGCGACAAGACCGACGAGUACACGCGAACCAGACGAUACUCAUCUGAGGACGUCAGCAAGAAGAUCGAGUUCGACCGCUACCGUCGAGAGCGAAACAGCUUCUGGCCGGACAAGGGCCAGAUUCACAAUAAGUGGACAUGGAUCGUGGUCGGCUGUGGCGUGGCGGGCGCACUGAUCGAGAGACUAAUCAUGGGUGUUGUUUGACUUCAGGCUUUGUGCCAGUCAUGGUGUUCAGGCGGUCUCGAGGCAACAAUCUUCACUGCGAAUUCGGGCAGCAGCAUUUUCAGGCGUUGAGGCUUGGAUUAUUGGCGUACGGCAUCUUUCAUCAUUCGCAACUAUUCUCAUUAUCCUCCUCCUCCGGCGACCCCUUUUGACUUGGUUCCGUAGACCAUCCUCGGGCCACCUCAAGCCUUGGUUACGUCCACCGUCCUGGUCGAUCUCAACCGUUGGUCAGACUAUGUCAUUGCCAAUGUUCCAGGCUGCUCUCUGGUUGGCGACCACCACGACACUUUGCCUCGAGACCUACGGCAGCUCUUUCACCGACACUACCACUUCCAUAUCACCAUCGCUGUUGGCAUCGUUACCGUGCAGCUGCUACAAAAUUUGCCUUGUCAUGUGUAUCAAGUGCCUCUCUGUCGCAGCCACGUGCUCCUUCCUCCGCUAGGCAGAACCUGUACUACCUAGUCCGACAUUGUCCCAGAAGGUAGCCCCGACAGCUUGGCUAGGCCACGCCUGUUCACAAAGUCGAUGGGACUAAACACGCUCAGCCCCAGCCCAAGCCAUUCCAGCCAUCGACUCUGUCGUGAACCCACACUGCCGUCUAGAAUGGCACUUGCUACAACGACAAGGAGCCUCAGAAGGCACGGCACACUCAGCUCGUGCGUAGCAACCAUGCCGUUUGCCAUCAACAAUCUCGAAUCUCUCUGUCGGCAGUCAAGAAGUCAGAAGUCCAAGCUAUGUUGAUCGGCCUUGUCAAUGUUUGGUGGACGGGUGGACUUCCAGGCUUGUUUGUCCGGCAGGCUUGUCCCCCCCCCCAAUCCUGUCCCCAGCCAUAUCCCAUGUCAAGGCCAAUUAUGACAACCGUCACGGAAGGCGCCACUUCGAAGGUUAACCCGAGCCUUUGCGCUUUCUGUUAGACAUUUUUGUCGCUUUCUGAUGAGAUUCAAGGCCUCGAGUGACCGGACCGGGCGAUACUUGCUCAGUCGCUGUCGCCCUGAAUAUGUCAAACAGUAGCUGCCAGAAGGACUUCUGGCUGCUUGUGUCCAGUGUUUUUGCUUCCCAACCGAGCUUGUCGGUCGCGACCAAGUGCUGGAACACGACAGAUGCGGCCAGAUGAGACACAGAACCUGCUUCUUGCCUCCCCUUCACCUCGGCUUCGACAACUUUGGUUCUUUUAUCUGCUCAAUGACAGCACAGGGAUAGUCAUUACUUCGCCACCGCCAGGGCAGCACAAUAUACUUUUGCAGCAGCGUAUCGUACUACAGAUUUACCGGCCUGCUUUCAAGUUCAUGCCUUGCUUCAGCACCCACGCAGCAAUUACAGGGCACAGUCGAGCAAUCACUGUUCAGGCUGACCCCACCAGCGCAGUAUUAGUGCCAUGAAUGAUUAUCCGAAUUCCUUCGCUUUCCAUCUGUUGGUCUUUGCGAAGGGUCCCUCACAACGGACGUGACCGCUGCCCAAACCGCCCUUCACCACUGGCGCCUGAGAUAUCCAACAGCUGCAGCAAUGCUGGCUCCUGUGGUAUAUAUGUUACAGUGUCGGUACCACCACGGUGUCGACAACAGGACCAUUUCGAAGGUCCUCACAGCCAGUACGCCUGCGGACAUUUUCUACUCCUCUUCAUUAUUCGAGAUGUAUCCUUACCGACCCACUCACAUCUACCGCUCCCAGGUGGUACAAGGCAAGCUAACGGCCCCAUGGGCGCCAACGUUCGACACGAGCUGAAGUUGGCCGUGGCUUGUCACCAGGGUAGCUAAGAAAAUGAGUUGAGAUGAGAUGACCCUCAUCUUAUCACCCCAUGGAUCCAGGCCUUCGGCUCAUC